UUCUGUCACGUAGAACGCAUAUAUUCGUUGCAUAUAGGUGUACUAAUAUCGGGACGCAAAUAAUUGAUAAACGGUGCGAAACAGGAACAAAAAAGAGUAGAAGUUUGACGAUCCUUGAUUAUUGCAUCGGAAUUAUAUCAAAUCUACGGUGGUUUUGUUUGACAGUGACCGUGAUAAUUCAAGUGAUAGUGACAACAAUGUCCGUAAUUAUGGAUUGUUUUCGUCAGUAGCGGAUGUGUAAAAGUUUUCUUAGUCACUUUGUUUAGCUGACUUCUAAUAAACGAGUCUGAUUCCUUGUUUUCUCACAACUCUUGUGGCACAUUCGCCAGCGACUUUCAGUUUAGCGCGAGUUUUCGACCCUAAAAAAAAAGAAAAAAAAAAGAAGAACGGCGUCUUUUGUUUCUCAAGGGUAGUCUCGCCGUCUUGUCUGUUCUAUACGCCGUUUUCCCUCUCUUUAGCUUGCACGUCACUCGCACCAGCGACAAGAAAGCAACGCUGGUCAUAGCUGAAGUUUAAUCUGAGAACCGAUUGCUGAAAUCGGACUGCGUACAGACGGUAAAUUCGUCUCGAUAUCUUUAAUUAGAGAUCUGUGAUGUACAAGCUCGGCGUCGCGGGAAAAAUCAUUACGUCCACGAUUAAUUUCGUACACUCGAAGAGGAAAGGAAUUUUCAUAUAUAUAAGAAAGAUGUACAAAGACUCAAUAAGUCUUCGAUGUCCGAGAAGUUUUCUAAAUUUUCGAUUAUAUUGAACACCUUGACCGUCCGACUGAGAAACGAGGUCAAGUUUAGUCGAAAAACACAUUAAAGGUCAUCAGCUCCUAUGUAAUGGAGCAUUAAUGACAGGAGUGUUACACUAAGAGAUGCACAAAGGAUAUUCAGUACAGAGAGGCUGUUCUUACACAACGUAAAAGAAAACUGCUGCUUGUCGACAAGAUGAAAUUGCUGGAAAGUACACGUUUCGAAGCUAUAAACAGUGCCUUGUCCAUCAAGACUGGAGACAGCAAAAUAAUAGGCAGAAUAGAGAGUUACUCCUGCAAAAUGGCUGGAAAUGAUAAACAGUUGUAUAAACGUUUCAAUGCAGAGCAAGGUUUUACUCCACAUGAUCUUCAAGCUUUAUCACCACCACAAACAUCUUUAGGAACAUCACCUGCUCAAGGCCGCAGUGUUUCUGGUGAUGAAGAUGGUCCACUAUGUGAUACAAUCAGUAGAAAAACAUUAUUCUAUUUGAUUGCCACCUUGAAUUCAGCUUUCCAUCCAGAUUAUGAUUUUUCUGAUGCUAAGAGUCAUGAAUUCAGUAAAGAACCAAGCUUGCAAUGGGUCAUGAAUGCUGUAGAUAGUAAUUUGAGUGCAACCGCGGUUGAUCAUUAUCGUACUCUUCGAACGGCACUUUGGGCUGCCAUUGAUCAUGAAAUAUCUUUAAAUGAAUGUGAUAUUUAUAGUUACAAUCCAGAUUUUGCAUCUGAUCCAUUUGGAGAAGAUGGCUGCUUGUGGUCUUUUAAUUAUUUCUUCUAUAAUAAGAAAUUAAAACGCAUUGUGUUUUUCCCAUGCAGAGCAAUAAAUCCUCUCUACGUGUUAGAUUCUGGUGUUGGCAGUGAUUUUGCCAUGGAUGAAGAUGAAGACAGAUACUAAAUUCAUAAUACAUGUUUACAAACUUCAUCACUAUCUUUAUUUGUUCUGCCAUACAGAGGCAUGAAUGAACAUUAAAUUUCACCUAUUAUAGUAGUGUUACGUUUAACUAACCGCUACUAUCCCCACCAGUUCUUAGAACUAGUUCCCCGAAACAUCUGACGUUACGCAAUUAAAAUAAAUAAACGUGUCAGACAUCCCUCUUGCAUUCAACAGAGUACUUAGAAUUUUCUAGAAUUAUACUUCUCUUGAAAACCGAUUAGAUAUGAUCCCGAGCCGCGGUUAAUUAACGCGGCACUACUGUACGUAACUUAUUAUGUACAGUGAUACAUUUCAAGUGUUACAAUUAUUUCGUUUAUUUUCACUUACAGUGAUGUUUAUUUUUAACAGAAAAUUUAAUUAAUUUACUUUUCCGUUUCUUUUUUGUGUACGAUAUUAAAGCGUAAUUGUAGUCAACAAAGAAUCAAACAGAAGAACAAUACUGUACGAUCUUGAAAUUAUGUUGUUUUCCUUAUAAAUUUAUAACUUUCAUAUAUACGUUUACUAUCCAAGAUAUUUUAAACAUAUAAAUCUGCUAUAUAGUAAUCGAAUCUUGAUAAAUCUAAGAAUUAGAUUUUAUUUUUAUGUGAAAUGUUCAAAAUAUCAAAAUAGAUCUUUAUUAUCAACAAUUAUUAAAAAAGAAAUCUAUAUAACAAAGCAACAAACUUAGUGGAUUCUAAAUUAUUGUUGUGCUAUGUUGCUCUAUUAGAGCCCCUUAGAAUUAUUAUGAUAGUAACAAUAGGAAAAUUAAAACAAAUCUAAUUUGAUAUUAUAAAACGCGAGUAUAAAAUUAUGAGAGCAACAAUAGAUUUAAAAGUGCAACGUUAACUUUUGAAUCCUAGUCAUUAUAUUUUUAAGUUACGAAAUAUUUGUUAGCUGUUUGUGCUCUUUGCUAUGAAAAUCAGUCAUCUGAUGCUUCUUAAUGUCUUUGAUAAGCUUUUCAUAUAAAAUUGUUUAUGUUUCGUAUAUUACUUUUGAUAAAUAUACACGAUUCUAAUGUAUGUAUUGAUAUAUAAAUACUCAGUUUUGUGCACUAUAAAGAUUUCAAUUCAAUAUUUUGAAUUCAUUCUAAAUAAACUGAUUAGAUCGUGCAAUAUGUAUAAACUUUACAAUACUUAGUAGAUUUUACUGUAACUUUUGUGUAGAGUGGAAAAUUUAAUUUUAUGUCACUAAAAUAUAUAUAUAUGUAUACAUAUAUCUCGAGAAUUUAAAAAAUAACAUUAUACUGGAGUUACUAGUUUUUGAUUCAAAACAGUGAUUAUCUGGUAAUUUGUAUAAUGUAUGUGUAUAACCUUAGUUCCCUUAAGACUACAUGUUUGUCUGUCAACAUUUGAAUAAACUUUAUGAGCUGACACAAUUCA